AUGGCCGUUUCCGGCGAGGACAGCCUUUUCGGAUGCAUCGAUCAUACAGAAUACAGAAAUCUCCUGGCGUUUAUCUUUGCUGUUGAUGAGAUUAACCAGAAUCCAGAUAUUUUACCCAAUAUCACUCUGGGUUACCAUGUUUAUGAUAUUUGUGGAAAUGCCAGAAAAUCUCUACAGAAUUUAUUUCAAAUAUUAUCAGGGAAAACGGGUGAAUUUCCAAAUUAUUCCUGCCGAGGAGGUAAUAAAUUUGCAGGAUUAAUCGGAAAUCUCAGGACGGCUACAACCCCCGUGGCGCAGAUCCUCAGGCUGUACGGAUACCCGCAGAUCAGCUAUGGGACAUCGGACACACUGCUCAGCGACAGGACGCUAUACCCCAACUUCUUCCAACUAUUUCAAGGAGAUCAGGUUCAAUAUAAAGCUAUUCUGAAGUUGCUGAAAUAUUACGGAUGGAACUGGGUUGGGAUAAUAGUAUCAAAUGAUGAUAUUGGAGAGAGGGAGCUCCAGGAGCUCAGCCACGUGAUCACCAGCCAUGGAAUCUGCAUUGAAGUCAUUAUUAAAAUGUCUGACACAAUGGAAGGAAUCUAUAAGGAUCUGGCCAUCAUUGAGAAGUCAACAUCACAGAUCCCAUGGGCUCGAUGCAAUGACUUCUGUCCUCCAGGAUAUAGAAAAGCUCCUGGAUAUAACACGUGCUGCUAUCGCUGUGUCCCCUGUUCUGAGGGUGAAAUGUCCAAUGUAACAGACAGUGAUAAUUGCCUGAGGUGCCCUGAUAAUGAAUACCCUGAUGAGGACAAAGUGAAGUGUAUUCUUAAGCCGUAUGAAUUCCUGUCAUACAAAGAUGACAUUAUUGUUCCGAUUUUUUUCUCAAUCAGUGUUUUCUUUCUAAUUUUGACUCUCUUUAUAUUGGGAAUUUUUAUUCUGUACUGGGACACCCCCGUUGUAAGAGCCAAUAACCGGAACCUCAGCUUCCUCCUCCUGGUCUCCAUUGUCCUGAGCUUCCUCUGUGUGUUUCUGUUUCUUGCUAGUCCUGUGGAUAUAACCUGCAUGCUGCGACAAACUGCUUUUGGAGUCACCUUCUCGGUAGCCGUGUCUUCUCUGUUGGCCAAGACCAUCAUGGUCUGCAUCGCUUUCAAAGCCACCAAACCUGGCAGCACUUGGAGAAAAUGGGUGGGGGCCAAAGUCUCUAAUUUUGUGGUUCUCAUUUGCUCUUCUGUGCAAAUUCUAAUUAACGUCAUUUGGUUGUCUACCUGCCCACCUUUUCAAGAGUUUGACACACAAACUUAUCAGGGAAAGAUCAUCGUUCAGUGUAAUGAGGGCUCGGCCAUCGCCUUCUACUGUGUCCUGGGUUAUAUGGGGCUUCUGGCAGCUGUUAGUUUUAUUAUAGCUUUUUUAGCCAGGACAUUACCGGACAGUUUUAAUGAGGCCAAGUACAUCACCUUCAGCAUGCUGGUGUUCUGCAGCGUUUGGAUUGCGAUGAUCCCGGCCUAUCUGAGUACCAAAGGCAAAUACAUGGUGGCCGUAGAGAUUUUUGCUAUAUUGGCAUCAACUGCUGGCUUAUUAAGCUUCAUGUUUUUCCCAAAAUGUUAUAUUUUGCUUAAAAAAACCAAGACAAACAAUAGAAGACAUUUAUUACAAAAAAGAAAUCAGUAA